AUGGUUCGGAAAUUUAAGGCGAAUAUAAAAAAUAUUAUUGCUUCUUUUUAGGUUUAUGCUGGUUUUUAUCCAGUAAACCAAUCUGACUUUCUCGAUUUACGUAAUGCUGUUGAGAAACUGACUUUGAAUGAUGCCAGUGUAAGUGUCCAUCGCGAUAGUAGGUAAGUGUACCAGACAGAUUUGUUUUGCGGUUGUUAGGACAAGUUGUUACAAAAGAUUACUUUACGUACAGUACAACCGCCGUUAGGUUUGAUUAAUACAAACUCUUAGCUUGUAACAAGUGUAUAGUAAUUACUUGACGUUUUGACGAUUACUUAAUUUCGUCUAUUUUAAUCGGCUUAGGUUAAGAUUAGGAUUAGGGCGAGAGUUUUCAAUUAGGAUUGAUUUUAAAAAUUGGAGAUUGACUCGUAGCUCUUCUUGAUGUAACGCUAACAUCAGUCGCAAAUUAAUUUUAAAUAGAAUGCAUGUUGGCCACGAGGGAGCUUUAAAAGAAUCCAUGGAGACGAUAUCGGCGUCAUGAGUGUGAACGAGAUAAUAUAGUGCAUGCACUUAGAUAGUCUAAAGACAAUACAUCAAAAUUGCAUGCCAUAUGAUCAGGUGCUAUGUCUAGCUUCGCCACUGUUUUGUACGUAUGUUUGCAAGUAUUCCUUUUCCAACGGUACUUCAUUUUACCACCUGAUACAUAUUGAUGUUUCCUGUUACAGUGCUGCUCUAGGGCAAGGAAUGAGGCUUGGAUUUCGUGGAAUUUUACACAUGGAAGUGUUUCGAGAAAGAUUAGAACAGGUAUAAGUUCAAACUAUAGUAUUUAGUUCAAAACUUCAAACUGUAGUAUCGACGCUUUAUAGUCCUUCAGUAACCUGAUACGUGGCCUUGAAGGUACUUGAGUUUGGCUCUUCCUGACCUGUACGAACCCUGAGUUCAUGGCUGCUUUAAUUGUCAAAAAAUGGUCUAAAAUAUGGCGAACUGGCUGGCGUGGAAUCUGCAUGAGUGGAAUAGAAAAAUGAAAAAAUAAACGUAUGGAUGGUUACACGGAUACACUGAGUAUUGAAGCAACUUUUUAAAUUUUGCUUUGAAGAAAUGAUAAAAAGUGAUACAUAUAAUCGGAGAUCAUGAAAUAUAUGCCAGAUUUAAUUAUUUUGCUUAUCCACUGAUUUCCACUUAAUUUCAAUGUAGGUGUAUUAAAGCAUAAAAUGCCAAGGAAAAAUAUUCUCAAGAGCGAACUAUAUUAUUUAAACUGAUUUUAUUUAAGAUUUAAUUCUACAUUAAAUGGAAGGUUAUAGAAAGCAUAGUAAUUAACAUACUUACAUUAUGUAUUUCGGAAUUUAAUAAUUCUAUAAUUAGAAGUACAAAUAUUUUAAUUUACUUUUGCUAUUUUUGAAAAAAAUAGAAAAUAAUAUAUUCGUUGUUACUACGACUACUACUACUUUAUGCCAGCCUUUAGUGAGCAGUUAGCUGAUGUGCAAUACUUCAUCUAAUAAUGAUUGAAAUACAGAUGUUUGAUUAAAAAGGGGAAAGCUUGGUGCAUGCAAUGCAUGCAUGUAUGUAUAAUAAUAAUAAUAAUAAUUAUAAUAAUAAUAACACUUUAUUUAAAGGCACAGUUCAGCCUUUUGAAUGAUGGUUGCGCAUGAAGGCGCAUAACAACCCUUUUAAUUUUUGACAUUUUAAUGACUCCACCACUAGUAUUUAUUUUUUAAUUUCACUGCUUUUUACUCACAAAUUUAGUAAUUUAUUUGUUCGGAAUUGAAUAUUGCGCCGCCAUUUAUACAAAAACAACAAAUUCCUUCGUUUUCGCGCAAGGACUGAUGGUAUUUUUGUCAAAUCUCCUCUUAAAAAUGUUAAAAACAUUGAAAUCACUGAUCUUGAAUUAUGGUUUUCAUUUUCCUAAAUAUUGAUUUUCCUAGUUAGUUUUUUCAAUUAAUUAAAAGAGUUGUAAUGCGCCUUAAUUAAAUUAAACGAGGAUUGUAUAUUUCUAGUAGCUUAGAAUAUUAUGGCAUAUUUUAGGAGUAUCGAGCAACAGUUGUUGUUACCUCUCCAAGUGUCCCUUAUAAAGGUAAAAAAAACCUGUAAUUCCGUCCCACGUGUCAACGAUUGUCACCUGAUAGUGCCCUAUAUUUACUUUUAGCUAUCCUGCGGGGUCAGAAGGAACAAGAAAUCCAAAUAUUAAAUGCAGCAGAGGUACUGUAUGCGCCUUUAAUUCGUCAUGCGUUUGACAAUUAA